UUCAACAGCGCAGAGCAAGGGGGGCAGUUCUCGAGCGCGGCGCACACCCCGCUGCGCUGCGACAGCCGCGCCAGCACCGUGUCCCCCGGCGGCUACAUGGUGCCCAAGGGGUCCGCUUCCUUCCAGCCUUCCCCCGAGAACUGCCGGCAGUUCCCCAGCGCCGCGCCGUGGGCUUUCCGGCAGGGCUAUGGUGGGUUGGAUUGGAGCUCGGAGGCCUUCAGCCAGCUCUACAACCCGGGCUUUGAGUGUCACCUCAACGAGCCCAACGUCAUCCUGGAUAUCUCCAACUACACUCCGCAGAAAGCCAAGCAGCAAACGGUCUCGGAGACCUUCUCCGAGUCCUCCUCCGACAGCACCCAGUUCAACCAACCGGCCAGCUACCGGCGCGCCAACAGCGAGGCGUCCUCCAGCGAGGGCCAGUCCAGCCUCUCCAGCCUGGAGAAGCUGAUGAUGGACUGGAAUGAGGCAUCCUCCGCCCCGGGCUACAACUGGAACCAGAGCGUCCUCUUCCAGAGCAACUCCAAGCCUGGGCGAGGCCGGCGGAAGAAGGUGGACAUGUUCGACACUUCCCACCUCAACUUCUCCUCCUCCUCCUCCUCCUCCUCCGUGUACCCCUCCAAGAGGAACACGGGACCCCGGCAGCCCCGGGGCUCCCGGGGCGCUUGUGCCUCCAAGAAGGAGAGGGGGACGGGCAAAGCCAAGUUCCACACCAAGUCGCAAGCAGUGAACCCCCUCUUCCAGGAGAGCACGGACCUGGGCUUGGACUACUACAGCGGGGACAGCAGCAUGUCCCCCCUGCCCUCCCAGUCCCGGGGCUUCGGGGUGGGCGAGCGGGACCCCUGCGACUACGCCGGCCCCUAUUCCAUGAACCCCUCCACCCCCUCGGAUGGGACCUUUGUGCAGGGGUUCCAGAGCGACUCCCCUGGGCUGGGGCAGCCGGAUUUGGAGAGCAAGCACUUCCCUGCCCUCCCGCCCCAGCUGGCGGCCCCGGGCCAGCAGACGGUGUUCGAGGCCGGCUUGCAGAAAGCCUUCUCGCCCAACUGCUCGCCAACGCUGGCCUUCAAGGAGGACCUGCGGGCGGGCUCCCUGCGCAAGCUGCCCGCCUGCGACUCGCUCAAGCACAGCAUGCAGGGGGGGGCCCUGCCGCAGGCCCCGCACUUGGCGUGCCGCGAUCUCCCCAUGCCUCAAGCGCACUACGAGUCCCCCAGUUGCAAAAACCCCCCGUACUGGUAUUCGCCCAACGCCAGCACCCGCAGCCCCUCGUACGACGGCAAAGCGGGGGCCGGGAUGCUGGUAGACUUCAUGGGCAGGACGGACCCCCCGUGCCUGAACCCCCACUUGAGCAGCCCCAGCAGCACCCACCCCUCCAAGGGCGAGAAGGAGCCCUUGGAGAUGUCGCGGGCCCAUCACCGGGGUCCCUACGCUUGCCCCUUGAUCAAUGACUUGAACAUCUCCCCCGUACCGAGAGACUCAAUGCUGCAGCUGCAGGACAACUACAGGUACCCCAGUUUUGCACCCCAAGGGCACCCCGUCAUGGCCCCCACCCAGAAGAGCGGGUUUUUGGGACCCAUGGUAGAGCAGCAGCACCCCGAGGACACUUUUACGGUCACCUCAUUGUAGUGUCUGCAGACGUGCCAACCGGACGACGAGGUUUUGUUACAGGAGGUAAUUUAGCCAGCACUUUUUUUCUGGAACACUUUUCAAGUUCUGUAUUUAACUGGGAUUGGAACCGUUUGUUUGUUUUCUAUAAAAAAACACCCAAAAAAACACCAAAAAAAAUAUUAAAAAAGGAAAAAAAAAGAAAAAAAAAAGAAAAAUAUUUAAAAAGAUCAAAAAUAAGUGAAAUGAAAGGAUAAAAAAACAUUAAUAACGGACGAAGAGCGAAACCCCCCCGUGUUCUCCCUGCUCCGCACUUAAUCCCGCUCCGCCUGCCAACUGCCUGGCUCUGCUUCCCGGCCGUGCCGCCCUCCUCCCGCCCCGCAGCAGGACAAUCGCAUGGAUGGACGGAUGGACGGACGGACCCACGGAUGGACAGACGGACCCAUGGAUGGAUGGAUGGAUGGAUGCAUGGAUGGACGGAUGGCGCAGCCCCACCGAGCCCAGGGGCACAGGCAGGGCGCAGGCAGGAGGUGGCCAUGGGGGUCAGCAGUGGGUGCCCCCUGCCCGCAGCCUGGCCAGGGGACAAGGGCAGCCCCUUGGCUGCCCCCGGGGGGGCUGCUUUGGGGAUCUUUUGUUUCUUGUUUUCCCUCCCCGUCCGCUCCCCCGCCGGGUGCUUUCCGUGCCGGAUGGAUGCCAAUGGGUCUUUGGGAGCGCUGACCCCCACCAGGCUCUGGCAGCUUCGCCAGCGGGGCUCAGAGAUGCCACCGUCGCCCGCCACAGCACCCAUCCUGGCUGCCGGAGCAGAGAGGAGAGGAGAGGAGGGCACUGCUGGGGGGGGUACCCCGGCCCCAUUGCCCCCCGCUUGGCCCCCGCCUCGGCCGUGGCGCCGGCGCCGCGUUCUCUCUCGGAGGGGACUCUUUUAACCGUUUCCUUUUGGGGUUUUUAUCGGAGGGAAUUUUCAUUUUCUGCACAAAACCAGCAAUUGUAAAUACUUUUGAAGAAAAGCUUAAAAAAAAACCCACAAAAAAAUGUUUAGGGAGAAAAAAAAAUCCUAAAAAGCUGAAAAUUCACAUUAAAUACUAAAAGACAGAGCCACGCACCGGAGGGAGAAGCAACGGAGCGGCCGAGAGGUGAAUAUGCAGGAGAGAAGAGCAAAAACCCACCCGUAUGCACUGAGUAAAGAUUUAUUUACAGCUCAAAUCGACCUAAAAAAUGAGAAAGACAAAAAAAAAAAAAACAAAGGAACAAUAACCUAUUUAUUGUAUAUAAUGUUUUAUUAUAAAUCGUGUCUUGUAUAUUGCA